CGAUAUCUUUUAGUCCUUUCCAAAUCCAAACCCAACCACUCCAUCAUCAAUCAUUGAUGCGAUAAUGGAGCCGGAGUACGCCGGAAAACCUCUCCCCGCCGAUCUGGACCAGAUGCCCGACACACCCACCCGCCGCGGCCGCCACCGACGCGCCCAUUCCGAGACCUUCUUCCACUUCCCCGACCUCGACGACUUCCUCAUCGACGACGUCGUAGCUGAUCUCAGCUUCGACCGCUCCCAAACCCCUCCGUCGCUCCUCCCCAACGCUCCGCCGCCGCCGCCGUUUCCUCACCAAGGAAAGGCGGCGCCGGCCGCCGCAGCCCCUUCCUCCGCUCAUUUACGGAGCCUGUCGAUGGACGCCGAUUUCUUCGAAGGACUCGCGCUGGACGCCGCCGCGCCGGCUCCGGAAGUCGGCCGCCGGCCUAGGCACCGGCACAGCAAUUCGAUGGACGGUUAUUCGAGUACGACGUCGUCUGAGGUCGAUUCUAGCGCUAAGAAAGCCAUGCCUGCUGAUCGGCUGGCCGAGCUCGCUCUAAUCGACCCCAAAAGGGCAAAACGAAUACUCGCGAACAGACAAUCAGCUGCACGAUCCAAGGAGAGGAAGACGCGUUACACGAAUGAGCUGGAGAGGAAAGUCCAGACUCUGCAGUCGGAAGCCACCACGCUGUCAGCGCAGAUCACAUUGUUGCAGAGGGACACCAGCGGGCUGACAGCGGAGAACAAGGAGCUUAAGCUGAAGCUACAGGCUAUGGAGCAGCAGGCGCAUCUCCGAGAUGCUUUGAAUGAUGCAUUGCGAGACGAACUCAAGUGGCUCAAGAUUGCGGCUGGCCAAGUUCCCAGCGUCAACGGCAACAACCGAGGCUUGUCUUCGCAAUUUCUGUCCCAGUCGCAGCCGGCAACAAACUCUUAUUUCAGCAAUCACCAGGGACAGCAACAGCAACAUCGAGCAAGCCCGAAUAACCCAAGCCCGACCCAUAGUUUCCCGGAUUUUAAUCAUCGGGCUGGAUGAAGUCUCGUACGAGGACUCUGAAAGGUGUGUACCCUAAGGCUGUAUGAUGGCUGUAUAUAGAAAUCUUUAUACCGAGUCUGUUUAGAUUCGAUAUAUAUUUAGCCUAGACGACGAUUACAAUUAUAUGCGCAACAUAUAGAGGUGAAUGAGUGAAUAAAGACGAACAAUUUGCCACUAA